CCAAAAUAAAUGAAAGCACCAGAAUGAUUGGGGCGGCCAGAGCACCCGCACUAGGAGGACUUAAAGGAAGUCUAGCACCAUUCCUCAUUUCUAACAACUCUCCACUACCUCGUAUUAACAGGACUCUCUCCUACCCUAAUAACAAGAACAUAAAGCAUUUCCUCUUCAAACCUCCCUUGACAUCAUCAUCUCUGAUGGAGACCUUAGGUGGUGCUUUUGUUUCUGCAGCUGGGGUUUCUACCUUGCCAUUUGAUAAUGGAGGAAACACCAAUGUUUUUGCCUUGUCUCCUUGUCUUCUCAAAAUUAACAAAGGAGACAUCACCAAGUGGUCUGUUGAUGGCUCCUCUGAUGCUAUUGUUAAUCCAGCGAAUGAAAGAAUGCUUGGAGGUGGGGGUGCCGAUGGAGCCAUUCAUAGAGCUGCUGGACCGCAACUACGAGAUGCAUGCUAUACUGUCCCUGAAGUCCGACCUGGAGUUCGAUGCCCCACCGGAGAAGCAAGAAUUACUCCAGGUUUCAAUCUGCCUGCAUUUCGCGUGAUUCACACUGUUGGCCCCAUCUAUGAUGUUGAUGGUAACCCUGAAGCCUCACUUAGGAAUGCAUACAGGAACAGCUUGACUUUGGCUAAAGACAACAACAUUAAGUACAUUGCAUUUCCUGCCAUAUCUUGUGGUGUUUAUGGUUAUCCUUAUGAGGAAGCUGCCAAAGUGGCUAUAUCAACAGCUAAAGAAUUUGCUGAUGACUUGAAAGAGGUUUGGAUUGGACUAUAUCCGACCUAUGAAUAGUGGAGAAUAGUUUAAUGCGGCAGAAAAAGAAGAAGGAGAAGAGGAAGGGCAAGAGCAGACUAUGCGAUGUCUGGUUGGCGGUGGAAACACGGAGGCCGGUGGUGACAAGAGCUGCUCUCUACUGUUCUGUAACGUGAACAGUGGAGACAGGGAAGUGUAGAAGAAGAAAGAAAAAGAGAAGGGGAAUAGUCGGCUACCCUGCGCAGCGACGAUGUCUGGUUGGUGGUGGAAACGGUGAAAGCCGGCGGUGAACUGAGGGAGUUGCUAACCACUGUUCACUGUCAACUGCUCUGUUUCUGCUCUUCUUCUUGCGCGGCCUCUGUUUAUAACACAGUUUGCAACUCAUUAUAAAAAGCAGCUUGAAGUUGCUUUUUGUUAUCUUGCGGUUUAAAGCAAAUGGUAAUGGGUCUCACAAACAGAAAAUUAUGUUUAGACCAUAACCAAACACCUAACAACGAUGUUUUUAUGUAAAUGCAGCCGCUAUUGCAGCGACAAACACCUUAGUUUGUACUGAAGCUGGAUUUAAGGAGGAUGCAGAAGGUAAUGGUUUGCGUUGAUGUUAUAGGCUAAUCAAUGCAUGUAGACAUUUUAUGGAUUGUCUUA